UUCUCCUCCACAUCAUCCAUCUCCACUGCAAGCGGGGCGCUGCAUGCAGCGUGUCUGAUCUGCAGUACGGUUGAUCACACCUUUUCAUUCUGCCGUCCGUCUUUGUUCCUGCAGCAGCCAGCCCGCUGCCGCUGCGCAAUUGCGUUCAAUCUCGUGCGCGGCGAAUGAAAGGCCUUCUGCGCCCGAGGAACGUCAACCCCGCUUCAACAGCGUUGGUGAUCUUGGGUGCCCUCCACCUGUAGGCAUUCGCAGUCAUUGUUCACGCGCGAUGAGCGCAGUGUCGGUCGGAAAGGCACGAUGCGUCCGAAACCGUCCUCUACUUGGUACCUCAUCUCUCUCUCUCUUGUUGUUGCGAUUUGCACCGUCACUUUCUACCUCUCCUCAUCGGACUUAGCCAUCAUCAGCGUAGCGAGGAUGCGGUCAGCACUUGCCAGCAUCCUUGCCGGUACUACGUUUGCGGCUACAACUCUUGGCCAGGCAUGUCAAACCACCACACUUACUUCAAGUGCUCCGACCGAUGGUUCUGAGCUGGCUUUGCAGAGCUACAGCUAUUGUGGCGGGACACUGAACGCCACAGUCUACAUUGCCAACCUUGACUAUAACAAGGUCGUUAGUCUCUACUACACCAACGCGCAAGGUCUAAGCACACCGUUGUCCGUGGUCACGUUCGGCUACUCCAGCAGCAUCGCGAACAAUUUCGAGCUCUGGACGACAAGCACGCCCGUCUACAUCGAUGGCAUCACCACUUUACUCAACCUCACCUACCAGGCCACGGACAUUGGAGAGACGUAUGUACAGACCCUCAACUUGCCCGUCAAUGCUAGCGGAGCGCCGGCCCCUAGUGUUGCUGCUCCACCAAAGCCAUACGCUACCCCUCGAGGUUUUGGUGGUGACAUUACUACAUGGCUUUCGGUUAACACCAGCUCGGAGUCGGAGACUGCUUUUCGGCGAAUGUUCCUUAACAUCAAUCCCGCGAUCCCUGGUGCAGCCGAAGGUGUGGUCGUUGCCGCCCGUAGCGGACCUUCAUACACGCAGACCGAUCCCGAUUACGAGUACAACUGGGUGAGGGAUGCCAGCUUGACCAUGGACGUUGUCCAGACACUCUACGCCUCCGCCACGAAAAAGGUGACGAAGCUUCAAUACGAGGACAUCCUCUUCCAGUACGCCACCGCCAGAGCAACGGAACAAAACGAUCCCGGUCUGCAAACCGGCCUCGGUGAGCCCAAAUUCUACCUCAACAACACCAUCUUCAGCGGCCCUUGGGGACGGCCGCAGAAUGACGGCCCGGCCACAUCUGCCAUAACGCUCAUGGAGUUCGCCACUUCCUACCUGGCCAAUGGCGGCAGCAUGAACGUGGUCCAAAGCAACAUCUAUGACUCCGCCACCUUCCCCACCACAGCACCUGUGAAGAAAGACCUCCUCUUCGUGGCCUCAAACUGGUCCUCGUCCUCCUUCGAUCUCUGGGAGGAGGAAGAAAGCGACCACUUCUAUACCCGCAUGGUGCAGCGUCGCGCCCUCGUAAUGGGCGCCGCUUUCGCCAACACCAUGGGCGACAGCAGCACUUCCGCCACCCUCUCCGCCGCCGCAACAGCACUAACCGCCACCCUCUCCCAAUUCUGGGACCCGAACCGCCAAAUCCUGCUCUACGAAUAUGGUCCGGUUCUGCACGACAAAUCCAGCUACCUCGACAUCGCCGUCAUUCUCGGCGUCAUCCAUGGCUACGCAGCCGACAAUGUUUACUCCUACUCCAGCGACCAAAUCAUGGCGUCUGCCUUACGCAUCUCUACCUCAUUCCUCAACGUCUUUCCGAUCGCGAAUACAACCAUGGACUCUAACGGACUCGUCCUCGGGAUUCCCAUCGGUCGCUACCCAGAAGACGUCUACAACGGCACCGGCACCGCCGCGAACGGCGGGAACCCAUGGUACCUCUGCACGGCGGCAAUGAGCCAGUACAUGUACUCGCUUUCCAGCACCUUCGGCGCAGCCCAAGCGAUCACAGUCACGAACGUGUCAAAGCCUUUCUUCGACUACUUCGCGCCGCAAGCUGGAUUGCAAACGGGCGAGACGUACACGUACGGCACGCAGAAGUACAAUCAAGCUAUAGGUGGUAUCAAUGGUUGGGGCGAUGCGUUCAUGAGGACUGUCAAGUACUAUACUCCUGCUGAUGGGCGGUUGGCCGAAGAGUUCAACCGGAAUACGGUAGGUUCCGUGUUGGCGUUUAUGAUUGAUUGUGAGGAUGGGCUGACAGUGUUUUACAGGGCGUACCGCAAGGCGCGGCGGAUCUCACGUGGUCGUAUGCCAGUGUGCUGACCGCAGCGUUUGCGCGGGCGGAGUUGAGA